AUGUCGCCGUCGUCGACAGGCGAGUCGCCGCCUACGAUAUUAAACGGUCAUUCGGCACCAGCAGUCAGCAAUAGCAGAGCGUUUCCUCUACCCUCUCGGGACACGUUCAACAUCGAUAUACCGCCUUCACAGCUAAACACCUCCAAUCAUCCAAGCACCUUGAAGUCGCCUGCAACUGUCAAAAGCCAACGCACCUCGAGCUUCAGCCGCGAUAGCAUUCUCGGAUCCGCUCUCAAGGCCGGAAACUCUCAGAGGACUGACUUUUCUGGGGAUGGUAGGCUAGGAGAUCCUAAUGGGCUGCAGAAGGUGUCUAGUGAUGAAGGGUCAAACCCUUUGAAAAGGAGAAACACGGACGCUGGUGUUGACUAUCCGAGGCGACGAGCAACCAUUGCCUGUGAAGUAUGUCGCUCGCGCAAAUCUCGCUGCGAUGGCACCAAACCGAAAUGCAAGCUCUGCCUGGAGCUCGGUGCCGACUGCGUUUACCGUGAGCCUGGGAUAAAGCUUGACGCAGGUGACAAACUUAUCUUGGAGCGCCUCAACCGCAUUGAAAGCAUGUUGCAGAUGACUCUGCCACCCAAUGGCAUUGGCCUUGGAGGGUCACCGAACCUGAGCAAUGGAACCGGACAUCUCAGUGCGGAUGGAAUUCUAACCGGUGGUCCAUUUCUCUCGGUCAUGCCCAAUGCUGCAUUGAGCCAGUGGGCCACUGCUCCCAACAUCUCGACAAUGCCAAAGGUACACACCAAUGCGGCGCUGCAUCUCCUACAAUGGCCCUUGAUACGAGAGCUUGUAUCGAGGCCCUACGAUCCGCAGAUCCUGCUUCAGCUUGAGAUGGCAAGAGAGCCACUACACUCCCUCACCAAGACCCCUUGCGUCGAUUUAUCCAACACUGCAGCAUAUAUCGAGGCAUACUUCGAGCGAGUCAAUGUUUGGUACGCCUGCGUGAAUCCUUAUACCUGGAGGAGUCAUUACCGCAUCGCUUUGUCAAACGGUUUUAGGGAAGGUCCUGAAAGCUGUAUUGUGCUCCUGGUGCUAGCGCUCGGGCAAGCGAGUCUGAAGGGCAGCAUAUCCCGAAUUGUGCCACAUGAAGACCCGCCGGGCCUUCAGUAUUUCACCGCUGCUUGGGCUCUGCUGCCCGGUAUGAUGACAUCUAACAGCGUCUUGGCUGCGCAGUCUCAUCUGCUUGCCGCCGCCUACCUUUUCUACUUGGUUCGACCUCUCGAGGCAUGGAAUCUUCUCUGCACAACCAGCACCAAGUUACAGCUUCUCUUGAUGUCGCCAAGCAGAGUGCCUUCGGAUCAACGAGAACUCACCGAGCGCAUCUACUGGAACUCAUUAUUGUUUGAGAGUGACCUACUAGCUGAGCUGGACUUACCCCAUUCUGGUGUUGUCCAGUUCGAGGAGAAUGUUGGUCUUCCUGGAGGCUUUGAGGGCGAUGAGAACGAGGCAGUUGGCCGCGAUGACCUGUGGUAUUUUCUCGCCGAGAUUGCGCUUCGAAGGUUGCUCAACCGCGUCAGCAACCUUAUCUAUUCGAAAGAUUCAAUGGCCUCUACGACCAGCCUAGAACCUGUUGUGGCAGAGCUUGAUUUUCAGCUCACGCAGUGGUAUGAGAGCCUCCCGCUACCUUUGCAAUUCCCCUUUACACGGACCAUGCUCCCAGACCCAGUUCAAACUGUGCUACGACUACGUUUCUUCGCCUGCCGGACAAUCAUUUACCGCCCCUACAUUCUUGCGGUGCUUGACAAUGAGCAAGCCGUUUUGGACCCAGCGGUGAGAGACAGUUGUCACAAGUGUUUGGAGGCUUCGAUCAGACAGUUGGAGCACAUAGCAGCACAUCAUGCGGGACACAUCCCCUACCUUUGGCAAGGAGCCUUGUCGAUUGUGUCUCAGACGCUCCUUGUUAUGGGCGCCACUAUGUCACCAUCGCUUUCCAGUAUACUGUCGACCGUGGUUCCCCACAGGGAAACACUGGAUCAGAUUCUAAGCGAGGUGAUUAUCGAGAUCGAGCGGUACGCCGUCCUCGCGCCCAGUCUUAGCUUGGCUGCGGAUAUUCUCAAAGAAGCAGAGGUCAGGAGGCGAGCUUUCCUCAUGAGUGGAUAG